GAAAGAUUUAGCCAUACUACCUACUACUACAACCACACCACCACCACACCUCCCACCACCACCACCACCGCUAAGCCAUCGGGGUGGGGGUGGCUUGGAGCAGUGUCCGGAGUGGCUAGGAGGAUCAAAACAAGUGUGAAAAGCGGAUUGAACGCCACGAAACACCUCACAGUUCGAGCCGGGAAAGCGAUCGGAAGAGGAGCGGUCAAAGUAGGUUCCGCUAUCAAAUCCGGAUACAGGAAGGUGAAGUUGAAGUUAUCCGGAUCCAAGGAGAAGUUUAAGAUCGUGAUGAACAGGCUGAAGGAGAAAAUAGAGGCUGGGGACGAGAGGGCGCUGGAGUUAAUGAGGAAGUUAGGAAUCCGAGUGAGAAUCCUUGACGGGAAAGUUGCUGGAACGGAGCUGGAGGAAGAACCUUUGAAUAUAACUACUACUGCUACUGCUAAUGCUACUACUGCUUCGUAUCUUUCACCUGUUAGUAAGGCAGCUUUAGAGGUUUAUGAUGAGGAGGAGGAGGAAGAUAAAGAGGAGAAGGAGGAGGAGGAGGAGGAGGAGGAGAUGAUGAUGAUGAUGAUGAGGAGGAGGAGGAGGAGAAGGAGGACGGAGAGAAAACAUCAUCUACAUCUACAUCUACUACUGACUACAACCACCCCCACCACUACCACAACUACCUCAUACACCACCAAAACCACUACUAAUAUCCCUACCACCACAACUACCCCUACUACUACUCCUACUACCACUACUACUACUACUACAGACGAACCAGAUAGGACCGUAGAGGAGCCGUACCAGCCGCCGCCCUUCCCUGACGUCUUCAGUAAUGCCAGAGACAGACUUGAGACCUUCUACAAUAGCGGGGGGUUCACUCACGAGGAACUUACGGAUGUCUUCAACUUUGACCCUGAAAACUAUGAAUAUGUAGAUUAUUAUGAAUAUGAGUACUAGUGGGGGGCUGAUGGGAGGGGGCUGA